AUGAAAGCUAUUCACUUUUUGGAAAUUACUGCUCAAGAAAUAUUCUAUGACGGAACCGGAAUCGGUGGAACAAUUUGUCAGAAUAUUGACCCAAGUUAUUUGACGGCUGCUGAAAAAGAGAAAAUGGUGGAAUUGAAAAGAAGUCAAGGGAUUCUUGAGCCAAUUCGUGUUGCUGAAGUACAACCUCGAUGUGAUUCUCCUAUUUCGAAGGAAGUCCUUGUUGUUCCUGUUCCGGAUGAAGGAGAUAUAAUGAGCAACUGA